UCGCUAGUCACACAGCUGCAGGGUUGUAGCAACGUUCGCAAAAAAUACGCACGUUCUGUGUCAAAUCAAUACGAAAUCAACAAAAAUCGAUCGAUUUUUGCGAUACCAGCAAGACAGAACGCGCCACAAAUUGAUAUUUAUUUGCCAACAACAUAAAUAGUGUACAGCACACGCAUUUCUAGAGCUCGCCGCACAUAAAGUUGCUGUGGAAAAUUUUUGCAUUUCUGUCGUCGGCGACAGAAAAAAAAUUUGCGCGUCGCAAGAGUCUCGCGUGCGUCUGUGUCUGUCUCUCUUUGCGUGUGUGUGUGUGCGUGUGUACUUAUAUGUGUGUGCUUUGCGUCCGCGUGCAUCUCACAGCCUACAUUGUCAAUUAUAACGAAAAGUAUUGUGAUUAUCACCCUAUUCCUAAUCCCACACUCAGUAGCCAGCCACAGAACACAACAAAAUGUCCACCAGCAGCAGCAGCCGCGUCGCCAUUGAGCAGAAUAAUAAAUGCGUCAAUAGCGUCGCCGCGGCCCUCUGCCCACUUAGCAACUGCCAAUUCUCGGGCGUUGUAAUAAGCGCAAUUUCCGACGAGCAGAAGCUCGAAUUUAACAGCAUAUACAAGAGUAGCUGUACGUUAAGCUGUAGCUAUGAUUCCCAAGGCGUGUUGCUGCGGAUAAUGCUCGACAACGAUCAGGGUCAUGUGCUUAAAGAGUACAUGAUAUCAGCAGACACGGAUGCGGCACAGCUGGGCCGGCGCUGCUAUGCUGUGUCACUGGAAUCGGACAAUCUCGUGCUGCGCUUUGGCAGCGAUAAGGAUCAGCAGCUCUUCCGCAAGGUUGUAGAGAAUGUGAAGCAUCUGCGACCAAAGUCUGUAUUCUCGCAGCGCACCGAAGAGUCGUCCGCAUCGCAGUACUUCCAAUUCUAUGGCUACCUCAGUCAGCAGCAAAACAUGAUGCAGGACUAUGUCAGGACGAGCACCUAUCAGCGGGCCAUCUUAGGCAACUCCAUAGAUUUUCAGGAUAAAAUUGUGCUGGAUGUAGGUGCUGGUUCGGGAAUACUGUCUUUCUUUGCCGUGCAGGCUGGCGCUGCCAAGGUGUAUGCCAUUGAGGCGUCUAAUAUGGCUCAAUAUGCACAGCAGCUGGUUGAGUCAAAUAAUGUGCAGCAUAAGAUCUCAGUGAUACCCGGAAAGAUUGAGGAAAUCGAGCUGCCCGAAAAAGUAGAUGUUAUCAUAUCCGAGCCCAUGGGCUAUAUGCUGUACAACGAGCGCAUGCUGGAAACGUAUCUGCACGCGCGUAAAUGGCUGAAGCCGCACGGCAAAAUGUAUCCCACUCAUGGAGAUCUGCACAUUGCGCCGUUUUCGGAUGAGUCGCUCUACUCUGAGCAGUACAACAAGGCCAACUUUUGGUAUCAAUCGGCCUUUCAUGGCGUCGAUCUGACUACCCUGCACAAGGAGGGCAUGAAGGAGUACUUCCGUCAGCCGAUUGUGGACACCUUUGAUAUACGCAUUUGCAUGGCUAAGUCGGUGCGGCAUGUGUGUGACUUUCUCAACGACAAGGAAGAUGAUUUACAUGUCAUUGACAUUCCGCUCGAGUUUCACAUAUUGCAGACAGGCAUCUGCCACGGUCUGGCUUUUUGGUUUGAUGUAGAAUUCAGUGGUAGCAGCCAGAAUGUUUGGCUGUCCACUUCACCCACAGCGCCACUGACGCACUGGUAUCAGGUGCGUUGUCUGCUACCCAUGCCAAUUUUCAUCAAACAAGGGCAGACGUUGACGGGGCGCGUGCUGUUGGAAGCCAAUCGGCGGCAGUCGUAUGAUGUGACCAUAGAUCUGCACAUCGAGGGCACCUUGAUAUCAUCCAGCAAUACACUCGAUCUGAAGAAUCCGUAUUUUCGGUACACGGGGGCGCCGGUCCAAGCACCGCCGGGGACUAAUACGCAGAGUCCAUCGGAACAGUACUGGACGCAGAUGGACACGCAGGGCAGUCGAAAUUCUAAUAGCAUGCUAAAUGGCGCCCUGACUGUUAAUGGUAUGGGUGAUGGCGGCAUGGACAUUACCCAUGGACUCAUGCAUCCGCACUAGGAACAAGCGAUAAAGUUUGUUGAAGAAGGCAAAUACUACAACUUGCUGGCGCAAUCUAUUUGGCUAAAAAUAUGAAUUGAAACUAAAUUAGCACAAUUAUCUAUUAGUGUUUUUGUUUUACGCUUCUUUUGUUAUUUAAUUCUGUCCAAAGUUUACGUCUUUUUUUUCUCUUAUUUUUAUAUAAUUUUUUAUUCUAUUUAUAUUUUGAAAGAGAUUGUGAAUUGUUUUGUAUGCACCAAAAGUUAUGAGUUUUUGAUUUUAAGUACUCGAAAAUUGUUCAAUCCCCGCCUAGGCAUAUGUUGUAGAUAUUUUGUACAUCAAUCGGUAAUACCAAUAAGCAAAACGAGAAUCGAUGAGAUCUUUAAAUAUCGCAUAGAUAAACAAUCAAGGCAGACUAACGUAUGUAGUUGUUUAGAACAGCAGCAUAUAAUCGAUAAGGAUAAUUUUAGCCCCCCCCAUAGCAUUUAGAGUUUUUAACGUAUAUGUGUUAUGUAAUACGAGUAUCUUAUAUAUAUAUAUAUACUAUAAUAAUCCACGUAGAUUAACUGCAGCUUCAGGAAGUUUCUAGGUAAUGCCAAUUGCAGUUUUCAAGAAAAUUUAAAAAAACAAAACAAGCUUUGAACAAAAACGAAACGAAACAAAAUAAAACAAAACACCAACUCAAUAAUUAAACCUGUAUCUAUGUAUGUUAUAUUAUAUUAUUUUAAGUAUAUAUCAUUGUAUUGUAUUUCAAUUAUUUCAUGUACCUCAACGAAAAUGAAGAACCUAGUUUCAAUUGUAAAACGGAAAAUCAAUGGUUAUGCUUAGUUUUGAAGUCAUAACGAUUUGCUCAUAGAUUAUAGCCAUUAAGUUAUAGUUAUUAGUAUAUUUAUAUGAAUUAGUCGCGCUGAGAGAUUAUACAUUUCAAUUUAAUUUCCUUGUUUUCCUCCAUUUUUGUCCCCCCCCUUUUUUAUAUUUUGUUUUGCAAUUCUCACCUAGUUCUACUUAUAUGGAAAGAACAAUAGCUCCUACGUCGCUACCAGCCUGCCAAGCGCAUAGUUGACAUUAUGAACAUAUACAUAUAAUAGUGCAUACAUAUAUAGCAUAUAAAAGCAUAAAUUAUACACAUUUAUAUAUACAUACAUA